AUGCGGGCGGCCGAUUCGGGCACCUGGGAGCGCGUGCGGCACCUCGCGACGCAAGGCGACCCGGCGCCUUGUUGCGGGGCCGGGGCCGGGCCCGAGCGCCCUCCGGGGCCCGCAGCCUGCGCGCCGUGUACGGACGCGGCGGGGCUCGGCGAUCGGCCCCGCGCUGGGGCGCCCUCCAUUCCAGCCGAUGGCGACUGCAGCCAGCCGGCACUGCUGCGGGAAGAAGUGUCUCGGCUCCAGGAGGAAGUACACCUUCUCCGGCAGAUGAAGGAGAUGUUGACGAAGGAUCUGGAGGAGUCACAGGGUGGCAAGUCCUCUGAGGUCCUCUCGGCCACCGAGCUCAGGGUCCAGCUGGCCCAGAAGGAGCAGGAGCUAGCCAGAGCCAAAGAAGCUUUGCAGGCCAUGAAAGCUGACCGAAAGCGCUUAAAGGGUGAGAAGACGGACCUGGUCAGCCAGAUGCAGCAGCUGUACGCCACGCUGGAAAGCCGUGAGGAGCAGCUCCGUGACUUCAUCCGCAACUAUGAGCAACACCGCAAGGAGAGCGAGGACGCCGUCAAAGCCCUGGCCAAGGAGAAGGACCUGCUGGAGCGGGAGAAGUGGGAGCUGCGGCGCCAAGCCAAAGAGGCCACGGACCAUGCCACGGCACUGCGCUCCCAGCUGGACCUGAAAGACAACCGGAUGAAGGAGCUGGAGGCCGAGCUGGCCAUGGCCAAGCAGUCCCUGGCUACACUGACCAAGGACGUCCCCAAGCGGCAUUCACUCGCCAUGCCAGGCGAGACGGUGCUCAACGGCAACCAGGAGUGGGUGGUGCAGGCGGAUCUCCCGCUGACCGCGGCCAUCCGGCAGAGCCAGCAGACGCUCUACCACUCGCACCCCCCUCACCCCGCCGACCGGCAAGCGGUCAGGGUGAGCCCCUGCCACUCCCGGCAGCCCUCUGUCAUCUCCGACGCGUCUGCCGCCGAAGGCGACCGGUCAUCCACACCAAGCGACAUCAACUCCCCGAGACACCGGACACAUUCCCUCUGCAACGGCGACAGUCCCGGCCCAGUUCAGAAGAACCUGCACAACCCCAUUGUACAGUCACUAGAGGAUCUUGAAGACCAAAAACGGAAAAAGAAGAAAGAGAAGAUGGGAUUCGGCUCCAUCUCCCGCGUCUUUGCCAGAGGGAAGCAGCGGAAGUCCCUCGACCCCGGCCUCUUUGAUGGUACCACCCCUGAUUAUUACAUAGAGGAGGACGCAGACUGGUGAUACCCGCCUCCCUGUGCCUGCCGCCCGGCAGGCGCGUGUGUGUGCGUGGGUGUGCGUGUGUGUGCGUGGGGCUGUGUGUGUAGGCGUGCUCAGGGGCGUGUGCGUGGGCAUGCUCCCGCACACGUGGGUGCUGGGUGUGGCUGGGCGCCUCCGACAAGCGAAAACCCAAGUGUGAACCCCCUCCUCUGCGUCGCCACCUCUGUAAUUGAUGUACAUACUACAAACCGUGUGUGAACAUGUCAACUCUUUGUUGUCUUUGGAGCGAUACAGUUGUAUUGUUAAUCUGGUUUUUUAAUUUUUUUUUUCAAAAUGUUUUUUUUUCUUUUUGUUUGGUUUUGUUGGGUUUUGUUUUGUUUUUGUUUUUUUCCUUUCCUUUCCCCUCCCUUCCUCCUUUUUAUGAAACUUGAAAACUUGAAGGACUGCUGUGUAUUUGUAAAUAACAAAACUGUUGAGAAUCUGUGCUUGUAAAUGUCCCUUGUCCAAACAAACCCCGAUUGCUGGAGCCCGUCUCGCCAAGGCCGAGGAUGCGGUCAGUUUAUGAUAUGUGUCCCCCCUCCCCAGUAUGAAUGUGUGGGACCAGACCCUGUUCUCAGGGUGUGCCCAAGUCACUUUGACCACAAAACGCAGUCAUCGCCAGGGUAAGGUCUGCUCUCUGCCAAGAACCGCAAGCCCGGCCGCGGGGCCUUGCUUGGAUGGUUUUGCAAGAGGUCCAGCGGGCUCUUUGGAGUGGCCUGCCAGUUUUUAAAUUGCGUUGCCGUUUCUUUCUUUCUUUCUUUAAGGAAAAAAGAAAUUGUUUCAUUUAAUUUAUUUGCACAAAUGCAGAAAACGUAUUCUAUCUAAAUUAUUGCAUAAAUAUCGGAAUGUAUAUUUUUCCACGGGGUGGGCGGGAGGCGGGUGUCUCUGUCGACGUGUCUGUUCUAUUAUCAUGCUGCUGCCAAACUGCGCAAGGUAGGGCUAGUGUGGCCAGAACCCAGGGACCAUCAGAUUUCAAAGCUUGCUUUUUUCUGUUCCUUCUCUUCCCCCACCCCCCAACCCCCCCGGCCCUGCAUGGAAAUGCUGUCCGCCCUGUGCCCACCCACAGCUCUCUCCAAGCCUUUAUCUAUUUAUUGUUCCAAAAUGUAGACCGCCAAUCUCUGUGAGCAGAGUGCACCCUGCAGGGGUCACCUCCUCUUGGGCCUGUCUUUUGGGAGAGGUUGAACGCAGGGGAGACAGCCAACUGCCCAUCCAAAGGGUACCACCCAAGGGACCCUUGGCCUGAGUUGGGUCCACAAGGGUCCUCCCCAUCUCUAUGUCUUUCUCAUCAUCAGUGCAUUGCAUUCUGCAUGUGGCUGGGCAAGUGUCAUUGAGAAAAGAUGGAUGAGUGAAGUGCCCAUCUCAAGCAGAGGGUCUUGGAGACAUGGCAUCCAGCACCUUGGCCAUCCUCCUGUCCAUGCGACACUUAGGAUCUCUCAGGAUGGCUGUGGCCCUGUCCUCCACUUAGUCAUGACAGCCUGAGCCCGCUCACCCCGGGAGAGCAGGACUGGCAGGAAUAUCAAGUCUCCCCAUUUGGGGAGCAGUGUUGGCCCCAGCAAGUCUUCAUCAAUAGCAAAGGAACCUUGUGCAUUUUAAUGCCAGGUGAUGGGGAAAGUGAGAGCUCAGCCAGAUCCUCCCAAGGCCUAGAACCCGACUCUCCUUUUCUUUUGACCCCUAAAUCCCCUUUCUGCUCCUCCUUAACCACUAACAGCUCAAAUCACACCACCCUCUAGACAACAGUAGUUGCGCUUUCUACUAACAGUAACAUUUUCAACUCUUACAAAGACACAAGGCAAUUAAAACAUGCUGGAGUAUCUAUCAGAAUGGAUAGGAUAUUUGGUCCAAAGCCUCUAAAACAAACCGAAAAGCUCCAGUCGGCUGCUCUCUUUCCUUCAACCUGAUCCAGGGGUUGGGAAGAAAUAGGCAGGGUACUUCGUCAGGAUCUUUCUGUCCUCCUUUGGCUGAGCUGUUUAACCGAGGCUGGCAGUAAGAGAGAGCGGCCAAAGCUGGCAUCUUGCUCUUCAGAGAGAGAUUUUAGAAAAUACUUUUCUCCCCCAUGAAUUUAUUUUUCUUUUGGUUGAUUUUUUGUUUUUCCUUUCCUUCUGAGAAAAUAAGAUUGCAACCACUCCUGGUAAUGAUUUAGUAGUUCCUUUUCAUUUCAGUUUGUGUAAAUUAGGAGAUAAUUCUAAAAGUUACUAAGGAUGAUUUAUUUAAGAGAACUACGUCAAAUAGCGAAUGAGUUAUGGGUAACGUUUAGAUGAAAAUAACCUUUCCCGUGGGAAAGGUUUCUCGAAGGCAUGGAUGCAAAUAUAAAAUAUUAAAAAAAAAAAAAAAACUGAAUAAAGCUUAUUUUAAAAUAUUACU